AUGGGUAGUGCUAGUGCCCAAAUAGAAGAUAUAUGGGAUAGUAUAGAGCAGAUUUAUCCUAAAGUUCAAUUUAAAGUUCCUAAUUUCGUUUCUAUAGAUAAAUCCGAAUCUGCGUUUUUUGACUAUUUUACAGAUUUUAGUUUUGUAGAAGACACAAAAAAAAUUUAUAAUAAAUAUAGGGAUAAUAGAAAGACAGUUUGGUUUCCUUUAAUCAAUCUUGUCAAACAUAGAUAUAUUUUCUUUGUUGGUAAAAAGAUCUAUAGGGAUAUAGAUCAUAAUCUUAAGAUACCAGAUAAAAAAACUGUUAUUUUAGAUCUUCAGGCUAUACAAGAUUAUUAUGUUAAACUAUUUAAGAUACCUAUUGACUUAAAUAUACGUAACGUUAAAAAUGAAUUAUAUACAAUUGGGAUAACAGUACCUUUAAGGAAAUUUGAUAUUGAAAUUGAUACAAUAACCGCUAGAAUGAUAAAUGAAUUAAAAGAAAAAUACCCACACCCUGAGGAUGAUGAUAAAGAAGAUGAAAUAACUAAAGCAAUGUAUAAUCAACUAAGGCCCAUAUUAGAAAAUAGCAUGUUAAUGAGUCCUGAAGAAGUAUUAAAGAAGUGGCACAUAGCAUACAGUUGGGGUUUCCCAUAUAGAUUUUUAGAUGAAGGUAACAUAGCUAUUCCUAGUGUUAGCCACGUAUUUUUAAAAGAUGAAGUCUUAAAAUUAUCAAAAGUGGAAAUAGAAGAAAAGAUUAGAAGUAUAAUUGCAAUGGAUCCUUUGACUUACUUUAAUGGUAUGCUCGUAAAUAGAUGUCAAAAUAAAAAUUUUGAUUCUAUGAAUGGGUAUGCAAUUGGAAUGUCUAGUGCACAUGCCAUACCUCCACUUAUAUUUGAACAACACAGGUCUUAUAGGGUUCAUUUACAAAUAGACAUUACCUCUAUGGACUUGACCAUGAGUUAUAAUUACAUACGAAUGUUAAUGAAAAUUCAUAUGUUAGGUUAUAUAAAUCAUCCACAACGAGAUAGAAUGAAACAUAGAGGUCAUUCCACUGGGCAGAGCACUGUUAGCCCUGAUAACACUAUAUAUUGUUUAACCCUUUUUGUUGAAGCUUGGAAAGAAUUAACUGGAAUGCCAGCAGAAGACUUUUUCAAAUAUAAUAAAAUCACAGCUUAUGGAGAUGAUAAUGUCCUAAGUAGUAACUGUUUCAAUGAUAAGUGGAAUGAAAACACAUUAUGUGACUAUUUUGCUCGAAAAGGAAUUAGCCUAAGAUUGGAGAAUAAAUCAGAAGGUCUAGAAGGAGUAGAGUUCUUGAGUAAGAUAUAUUCAGAUAGUAAAAAACAAUUAGAAGAAGUCCUUAAGUAUGUACCUGACUAUGCUUGUAAGGUAACUUAUAAACACAAUCGAGAUAAGCUUUUAAUGAAAUUUGAUGAUAUAAAAAAAAAUUCAAAAAAAAAUAAGACUUAUUUACUUGAGUGCAUUGUUGGCUUAGCCAAUAAUUGUGCUCAUUAUUCGGAUAUCCAUGAAAUCUGCGUUAAAUAUUAUAAUGAAUUAAUAGAAGCAUUUUAUAGUCAUAUGAAAGCAAUAAGAAAAUGA